AUGGGUUCUAAUCAAAAGAAGGACAAGAUGUGGGAACGAAUUUCUGCUUUAUUUCAUGAAAGGAUUUCCAAUAUUUGUACUCCUCAAAGGACUCCGAAGUCUCUCUCAUGCCGAAUGCAAUUAAUUAUGAAGGCAAUCAGUAAAUUUCGGGGAUGCAUUCGACAAGUCGAGCGCCUAAAUCCAAGCGGUGUUUCUGAGCUUGACAUUAUUAAACGUGCUAGGAUAAUAUUUGCAGAAGAUCCAGAAGAGAGAAAGGGGUUUCUAUUUGAUCAUGUUUGGUCAAUUUUAAAAGAUGCAAAGAAAUGGGCAAAUAUAAGUGUCAGAUCGCCUGCAACUUUCAAAACUGCAAAGCCCCGCUUAUCUCAGGGAUCAGAUUCAAGUUCUCCUAUCAUCGACUUAAAUGACGAUAACGAGGGAUAUACUCAUAAUGACGACGAUAUGUCAACAAGUCGGCCGACAGUAAGGAAGAAAGAGAAGAUGAGGAGGCGACAAGCAAUUGAAAAGAACAUCGACUUUGAAACUCUCAAUAAAAAUAAUCAAGAAAUUCUUGAUGUUUUUAAAAAAAGUGAUGGACAACGAGAAAAUGAUAGAAUGAUAAUGCACCAGAUUAUGAUGUUAAGGGCCGAAAACGAUAAGAAAAAAUUAGAUCUUCAAAGGGAACGACAAGAAAGUAAAAUUAUGUUAAUUAAUCUUGAUAUUAUUACCGAUCCUUCGGAACGCGAGUAUUUUCGAAUUAAAAAACAAGAGAUUUUAAAUAGAAACACAACUGGAGGUUCUUCAUCUGAUAUUCCUAAUCCUGAAUAUAGUUAUGCAGGAAGUCAAUACAGAAUACCUGACUACAGAAGUGGUGGAUAUGGAGGAAAUGACUUGCCUGAUUUUUAA